UGACUUGGAUGGAGAGUUGUCUCAUUGGCAAUCAUACCACAUCUUCUUAUUUAUAUUAUGAUUGCAGGACUUGAUCCAGCUGGACCAUUGUUUGAGAAUAAAGAUCCGAAGACAAGAUUAGAUCCAUCUGAUGCUCAUUACGUAGAAGCUAUACACACCGAUGGUGAUUCUCUUUUACAGUUAGGUUUUGGAUUAGAAAAAGCAAUUGGUCAUGCUGACUUUUAUCCAAAUGGUGGUGAAAAACAGCCUGGUUGUGAACGUGAUAUUGGUUCACAUUUGUUUAGUUUAAUUACUGGGAAAAUCGAACAGUUUACAUCAACCAUAGCAUGCAGUCAUAUGAGGGUUUUAGACUUGUUCACAGAAUCGAUCAAUUCACAAUGUGCCUUCAGUGGAAAACCUUGCCACACAAAAAAGGACUUCGACGCAGGCCAUUGCGCUAGAUGUGGACUUGGUUGUGCCGACAUGGGAUACAAUGGUCACCAGAAAGGUCACGGAAAGUAUUAUUUCUCAACGAAUUCAGCAGGACCAUUUUGUAAAUAA